AUGUCGAAUAUACGGAUUCUCGGCUACUUGUCAACCGGAUCGUAUGCUUCCAUCUUCAAAAUCAUUCACCUUCCGAAUCGGCAGAAGCGAGUGCUAAAAGUUCUUCCCAAGGAAAAGUUUCGCACCGAUUACAAGAAACAGAGAGUAGUCCUCGAAAAAUUGAUUCAAUUCGCCGCGCAAAGCCAGUUCGUAGUCGCCAUGUAUUUCGCGUUCGAAGACCACCUGAAUUUAUAUCUAGGCAUGGAGUACGCGAAAUAUGGAGACCUCUCGAGAUUUGUCCGGCCGGUCGUCACCGAGAGAUUAGCCAAAUUAUUCCUGGCCCAGAUGAUCUUGGCAAUCGAGUAUCUACACCGGUGUCAGGUCGUGCACCGUGAUUUGAAAUUAACGAAUUUCUUCGUUUUCAAUGAUGGCUACAUAAAGCUCGGAGAUCUCGGUUUAGCUAAGCGCAUCAGUGAUCGAACCUAUACGGCUUUCACGGCGACUCCCUACGUGGCUCCGGAAAUGCUGACGUCGGAUGGCCACGGACGCGGUGUCGAUUUUUGGUCCCUGGGUAUAAUAUUAUACAGGAUGCUUUAUAACAAGCAUCCGUUCGUUGAUGAGAACUACCAAGACCAGCAGCUCAUUGACGGAAUUCGAGCAGGAGUCGUGAGGUGGCCCUCAGGUGUCGAUCGCGAUUCUGCAGCAGCUGAAUUGAUCAAGAGCCUGCUGAAGACGAGGGCUGCCGCAAGACUCGGCAACUCUAGAUUAGGACUCGCUCAGUUGAAGAGGCACAAGUGGCUCGCAGAAAUCUCGUUCCAACGCCUCGUCCGCAAAGAAAUUCGAUUCGAGGUUAAUCUCACCUCAGUGCGCGCCAGAAGGGCGGGCGAUUUCAGACCGGCACCAGCAGGGCAAGCCUAUGAUGAAGAAGAAUUCCGAGGCUUCUGA